AUUCUGACAGGUUAUGCGCUCGACAACUAAAUAUGCACAGAACAGAGAAAGAAAAAAUUCGUCGUUUCGCCUACUAAAGUAUAACAUGGUUUAUAGUACUCAGCACAAAAUACUUUUACAAGCACUUAUGAACGAAGGUCUUUUAAUUGAAAAUAAAGCAAAAGAUUUAGUUAUUAAGUUAUUUAAUAAUGAUAAAGUAUCGACAAUAAUAAAUCAAAUAAAUGAACAAUUACAACCUUUAAACAUGUUAAUCAAAAAAGCACAAUGUGAAAUUACAGGCCAAUUGUACUGGAUUUUAAUAAGCACUGUACUUGAUGAAAUAACCAGAUUUCAAACUGAAUUUUCAAAAGGUCAACUGGCUUUGUUAAGAGCUAUAUUUUCUGAAAUUAUAACAUCGGACAAUGGAUACAUACAAAGCACGACAUGUUUAAAUUUAUGCUCUUUACCAGAUGUUAAGUUAUCAAAAGCAGAAGCUGAAGAAUUUCUUGAUGAUAUAGUUAAAAGAAAAUGGUUGUCUUAUAAGGAUGGUUAUUAUUAUAUGGGUGUAAGAAGCAUAACAGAAUUAAUGCCAUAUUUUAGAGCUACUUAUGGAAGCAAUUUAAAUGUUUGUUACCUUUGUAAACAAGUCAUUUUUCAUGGGAAAAAGUGCAGUAACUGUGAAAGCUCCUUUCACUUAUACUGUUUAAAGAGAUUUAUUAUAGUUUAUAAUCCUAUGAAGUGUCCUAAUUGUAACAUGGUUAUUUCAGACAUUGAUCUAUCAGGGGAAGAUAUGAACGAAGUAGAAAUAUCUAAUAAAAGGAUUUCAUGUAGUAAAAAUCAAAAAGAAGCUUGUUAA